GCGCCGCGGUUUGAAAGGCCCGAGGCCUGUGCGCUUGCGCACUUUAGCCCGCGCAGGGAGCAGCCCCCUCCAGGCUGUCCCCUCAAACUCGGACUUCUUUUAUCCUUCGCGCCAGGCGAAGCCCAAGACGGUGACAUGCCGGAGAUUCGUCUCCGCCAUGUGGUGUCCUGCAGUAGCCAGGACUUGACCCACUGUGCAGAAAACCUUCUCAAGGCGGACACUUACCGAAAAUGGCGGGCAGCCAAGGCAGGCGAGAAGACCAUCGCCGUGGUGCUCCAGCUGGAGAAGGAGGAACAGAUCCACAGCGUGGACAUCGGCAAUGAUGGCUCGGCCUUCGUGGAGGUGCUGGUGGGCAGCUCGGCCGGAGGGGCUGGGGAGCAAGACUACGAGGUAAGCAGGGCCUUGAGAUGGGCCCAUGUGGUUCCCUGCCCUCGGCACCCCCGUCACCGCUCCUCCCACGCAGGGCGGACACCCAAGUGUGCAGCGGGGCGGUGUGAACAGCCAGAGGCACUCUGUUGUGAGAGGCCAUCGCUGCCUGAGAGCGGACCUGCUUUUCUCUGGUCCCGCAGGUCCUCACAGAUGUCCUGGCUCGCUGUUUGGGAUGCCUCUGUUAGUCACUUUAUAGGUGACAAAUAUUUACAAGAAGGAAUGCCUUUUGCUUUAUUACAAAUAGGGCCCGACAAGUUGGUCCGGGCAGCAGCUGAGAAGCGCUGGGACCGCGUCAAAAUCGUUUGCAGCCAGCCCUACAGCAAGGACUCCCCCUACGGCCUGAGUUUUAUACGGUUUCACAGCCCCCCAGACAAAGAGGAGGUAGAGGCCUCACCCCAGAAGGUGACCAAGCUUGGCCAGUUCCGCGUGAAGGAGGAGGACGAGGGGGCUAACUCCCUGAGACCGGGGGCCCUCUUCUUCAGCCGGAUCAAUAAGACGCCCCCAGCCACAGCCACCGACCCGGCAGGACCCAGCUACGCAGCUGCCACACUGCAGGCCUCCAGUGCCGCCUCUUCAGCCUCUCCGGUCUCCAGGGCAGUAGGCAGCACCUCCAAGCCUCAGGAGUCCCCCAAGGGGAAGAGAAAGUUGGAUUUGAACCAAGAAGAAAGGAAGGUGCCCAGCAAACCAUCAGCCCAGCCCUCACCACCUGCCCUCAAGAGACCCAAAUUGCCAGCUCCCACCCGCACCCUAGCCAGCAGCACCCCAGUCCCUGCCCCAGCACGAGGCACAGUGCCGGGGAAGACCCGAGAAGCCACCAAGCCCAGGGGGCCCCGAGCCGGCCCGCAGGAGCUGGGGAAGAUCCUUCAGGGUGUGGUGGUGGUGCUGAGUGGCUUCCAGAACCCCUUCCGCUCGGAGCUCCGGGACAAGGCCCUGGAGCUGGGGGCCAAGUAUCGGCCAGACUGGACUCCAGACAGCACCCACCUCAUCUGUGCCUUUGCCAACACCCCCAAGUACAGCCAGGUCCUAGGCCUCGGAGGCUGCAUCGUGCGGAAAGAGUGGGUGCUGGACUGUCACCGAAUGCGGAGGCGGCUGCCCUCCCGGAGGUACCUUAUGGCAGGGCCGAGCUCCGGCAGUGAGGAUGAAGGGGGCUCUCCCAGCAGCAGCAGUGGGGAUGAAGCCCCCACGCUUCCCCAAAAGCGCCCUCACACCAAAACCAGGCCCCCUCAGGCAGCAAGACCCAGCUCCCCCCAGAGACCCACAACCCCAGAAGAGACCAAGCCUGCCUCACCAGGGCCUCAGGAAGAUACCGACACUGAGGGGGAACAGUCAGAAGAACAGGGCAAUGGGGCAGAAGAUUCUGAGGAUACCGAGGAUGAGCUGAGAAGGGUGGCCGAGCAGAGGGAGCAAAAGCAGCCCCCUGACCAGGGAGAGAAUGGCGAGGACCCGUAUGCAGGCUCCACAGAUGAGAACACAGACAAUGAGGGUCCCCCAGAGUCUUCUGACCUGCCGGUUCCUGAGCUCCCAGACUUCUUCCAGGGCAAACACUUCUUCCUGUACGGGGAGUUCCCUGGGGACGAGCGGCGGAAGCUCAGCCGAUAUGUCACAGCCUUCAAUGGAGAACUUGAGGACUAUAUGAGCGACCGGGUCCAGUUUGUGAUCACGGCGCAGGAGUGGGACCCCAGUUUUGAGGAGGCCCUGAUGGACAACCCUUCCUUGGUGUUUGUCCGCCCGCGAUGGAUCUACAGCUGCAAUGAGAAGCAGAAGUUACUUCCCCACCAGCUUUAUGGGGUGGUGCCCCAGGCCUAAAGUGCGUGUGUGUGCGUACACGCGCACAUGCACGUGCUCACUCGUGCACACACACACACGCUGAAUAAAGGUGGCCUGCUUUGGAA